AUGGCGCAACAGGCGUCAAACGGCAGGUCCAUGACCGCAAGGACCGGCAGAGACAAUCAAAGGUACGCAUCAAUUCCUCAUCUGCACCACCCAGAUCGACCUCUGGGGUGAGGUCCGACCCAUGGAUAGAGUCACGUGCUCACCUCGUCCCGUCAGAUACGGUCCCAAUGGAGAGCGACUAGUAGCCGGCGUGGUGCCCCUGAACGCCGAACGCACUCAGGUCCUCCUGAUCCAGAGCUCCGGCGGUAAGGGCUGGGUCCUCCCCAAAGGCGGGUGGGAGACGGACGAGAAGACACAAGAAGAAGCUGCGCGUCGCGAAGCCUGGGAGGAAGCCGGCAUCGAGUGCAAGAUCGAGGUCGACCUCGGCGUCAUCGACGAGAAGCGCUCCGCGUCCGCCAUCAAGAAGUACGGCCUCGCCGCUCCCCGGGCCAGCUACCGCUUCUAUGAGGUCAAGGUCAAGGAGGAGAAGGACAACUGGCCGGAGAAGCACAAGCGAGACCGCAAGUGGAUGAGCUAUCGCACCGCCAAAGAGUUGCUCCAGGAUCGCCCAGAGUUGCUCGAGGCCCUGGAGAGGAGUCGCAUCAAGCGAUAG